AUGAGAGGAUUCCUAACCCGUCUCACUAGAUUUAGCACACACACGAAUCGGCACGUAUCCUCCACCCCCGCGCCGUUGCCGCGCUCUCAGGCCGCAGCCAGCUCAUCGAAAUCAGCCAUGGCCAUAGAUACAGCGCCUUCAGCGCAGUCCAUAUCGGAUUAUACCUCGUGGACGCAUGAGCAGUUGGUCGCGCGCGUUGAGCGGCUCGAGAUCGAGCUGGCGUCACGCCCGGAUAAGCCUUGUCCCGAUAGUCCGGGUCCAGGCCGAUUCAAAAAAGUGACGCGACUCCCACGAGCCUUUGAUCCCUCCAAGUACAGCACGCGACUCGUGGCUUUCAAAUUGGCAUAUUUGGGUAAGCGCUACAAUGGGUUUGAGUUCCAUGCAAACAAUACGACGCCGUUGCCGACGGUGGAAGAGGAACUGUGGAAGGCAUUCAAGACUGCCCGACUGAUCUUUCCGUCUAAAGGGCAGGCAGUUGGGGAUUGGGAAGGCUGCGAGUACAGCAAGUGUGGAAGGACUGAUAAAGGGGUAAGCGCGUUUGGGCAGGUAAUCGGAGUGAGAGUAAGAAGCAAUCGACCACUUGGCCGGAAUAGAGGACACCUGGGCACUAAAGUAGCAAGUUUCGCUGACGCGCCAAUGGUCGAAUUUACACAGCAAGAUUCUAUGCAAGCGCGAGACGAAGCUUCUGAGUCCUUCAAUACCUGGCCCCGACCAAACGCCGUUGAACUCGUAUCACAGCCCCUAAGGCCCUCCCAGACCGCACCGGCGCCAGACGAACCCGAGCCUGAUGACGAACAUGACUUAAACUUCGAUCCCAUCGCCGAUGAGUUGCCAUACGCAGUUAUGCUGAAUCGUCUUCUUCCCCCGGAUAUUCGUAUUCUCGCCUGGUGCCCAGCGCCACCCCUAGGAUUUUCUGCCAGAUUUUCGUGUCGAGAGCGACAGUACCGGUACUUCUUUACACAGCCCGCAUUCAGCCCAAUCCCAUGUCACCUUGACCCAUGUUUUGCGCCCUCAUCGAACGCUAGAGAUGGUUUCCUUGAUAUUGAGGCGAUGCGCGCUGCUGCUAAGCUCUAUGAAGGUCUCCACGACUUUCGAAAUCUCUGCAAGGUCGAUGCGAGCAAACAGAUUGAAAAUUUCGAGCGCCGUAUCUUCCAUGCUGAUAUAGAGGAAGUUUCUGAUGCAACUUCAGUGCUCGCCUUUCUAAAUUCUCCGAAUUUCUAUCCCUCAACAUUGCCAUCGCAACAGCCGGGCUUUCCCAAGCUUUAUAGCUUCACACUACACGGCUCAGCUUUUCUGUGGCACCAAGUUCGCCACAUGGUUGCUAUUCUGUUCCUCGUUGGCCAAGGCUUGGAAAAGGCAUCUAUUGUGAGCGAGCUCCUCGAUGUCGCUCGGAAUCCGCGCCGGCCUAUGUAUGAGAUGGCAGCUGAAACACCACUGGUGCUGUGGGACUGCAUCUUUGCUCAUGAAGAUGAUUCAUCGCGAACAGAUGCACUGCAGUGGGUAUAUCUAGGUGAUUUAUGCGGUACGGGCGAUAGCAAAUUUGGUGUACCUGCAGGUGGUUUGGUCGAUGAUCUGUGGCGGGUUUGGAGGGAGCGAAAGAUUGAUGAAGUACUGGCAGCAAACUUGUUAGGGCUAGUUGUGCGGCAGGGUGUGAGCGUCGAUCGAUUGACAGCGCGACAGAACGGAAGGGGCCGGAGUCAGCGAGUUUUUCAAGGCGGAGAUGCGCCGAGACUGCAUGGCUGCUAUAGACCAGUCAUGCAAAAACCUCUGAUGGAUAGCGUUGAUGUGACGAAUGAACGGUAUGCUCUUCGGAAAGGGUUUGAAAGCGCUGCCGAUUUGAAACAACAGGGAUUCCGGAGGCUAAAUAAGCCUGGACCUGAUCAUGAUCAUACUACAUAG